AUGCUCCUGUUUGUUUUGUUCUGCCUGCUGUGGAAUUUCCAGACCUCCACCAGCCAUUUCCCUCGAGCCUGUACCUCAUUUCAGAACCUGAUAGAGAAGGAAUGCUGUCCACCAUGGAGUGGGGACAGGAGUCCCUGUGGCCAGCUUUCAGGCAGAGGUUCUUGUCAGGACAUCCUUCUGUCCAAUGCACCAUUUGGGCCUCAAUUCCCCUUCACAGGGGUGGAUGACAGGGAGUCUUGGCCUUCUGUCUUUUAUAAUAGAACCUGCCAAUGCUCUGGCAACUUCAUGGGAUUCAGCUGUGGAAAUUGCAAGUUUGGAUAUUGGGGACCAAAUUGCACAGAGAAACGAAUCUUGGUGAGAAGAAACAUCUUCGAUUUGAGUGUCCCAGAGAAGGAUAAAUUCCUUGCCUACCUCACUUUAGCGAAGCAUACCAUCAGUGCAGACUAUGUCAUUCCCACAGGCACAUAUGGCCAAAUGGAGAAUGGAUCAACCCCCAUGUUUAAUGAUGUCAAUAUUUAUGACCUCUUUGUCUGGAUGCAUUACUAUGUGUCAAGGGAUACUCUGCUCGGAGGAUCUGAAAUCUGGAGAGAUAUUGAUUUUGCCCAUGAAGCACCAGGUUUCCUGCCUUGGCAUAGACUCUUCUUGCUACUGUGGGAAGAAGAAAUCCGGAAGCUUACGGGUGAUGAGAACUUCACUAUUCCAUACUGGGACUGGCGGGAUGCAGAAAACUGUGACAUUUGCACAGACGAGUACAUGGGAGGUCGCCACUCUACAAACCCUAACCUUCUCAGCCCAGCAUCAUUCUUCUCCUCUUGGCAGAUUAUCUGUAGCCGACUGGAGGAAUACAACAGCCGUCAGGCUUUAUGUGAUGGAACACCUGAGGGACCUUUACUGCGAAACCCUGGAAGCCAUGACAAAGCUAGGACUCCAAGGCUCCCCUCCUCAGCAGAUGUGGAAUUUUGCUUGAGUUUGACGCAAUAUGAAUCUGGCUCCAUGGACAAAGCUGCCAAUUUCAGCUUCAGAAAUACACUGGAAGGAUUUGCUAGCCCAGUUACCGGCAUAGCAGAUGCCUCACAAAGCAGCAUGCACAAUGCAUUGCACAUCUAUAUGAAUGGAACCAUGUCCCAAGUACAAGGAUCAGCCAACGAUCCCAUUUUUCUUCUUCAUCAUGCAUUUGUUGACAGUAUUUUUGAAAAGUGGCUCCGAAGACACCGCCCUCUUCAAGAUGUUUAUCCAGAAGCCAAUGCACCUCUGGGGCAUAAUCGGGAAUCCUACAUGGUUCCUUUUAUACCUCUCUACAAAAAUGGAGAUUUCUUUAUUUCAUCUAGAGAUCUGGGCUAUGAAUACAGCUACCUACAAGAUUCAGAUCCAGGCUUCUUUCAAAACUACAUUGCACCCUACUUAGAACAAGCUCAUCAGAUCUGGCCAUGGCUGGUUGGGGCAGCCUUGGUAGGGGCUGCCUUAGCUGUUGCAGUGGUGGCCCUUACUAACCUACUGUGCCAUCACAAGAGAAAGCAGCUCCCCGAGGAAAAACAGCCACUCCUCAUGGAAAAGGAGGACUACCACAGCUUAUUGUAUCAAAGCCAUUUGUAAAAGCCACAAGCAAUGGAGUGGGACCAGAACAUAUGUCCUCACUCUAACUCAGAGUGCUGUGCAGGUUCCCGGGAGACACUUUCAACAGAAGCCCCUGUUUGUCAGUGAAGAUCCUUCUUAGAAUUGUAAUCUAAUGCAAAAUGUGCCCCCCACACA